GCUCUAAAUGCGGCGCGUAUGCACGUCAACUAGGCUUAGGGAACUCCGCACUCUCCUACGUUCCCACCAAUUGCAGGCGUACAUAAAUCCUUCUGAGGAUGAGCACUUUAGUGAAUAUGUUGACGCAUCGGACAAGCGGAAUGCCUUCAUCUCCGGUUUCUCGGGGUCAGUGUCUACUGUGAUUGUCACACUAGAUAAGGCUGCUUUGUGGACCGAUGGGCGGUAUCAUUUGCAAGCAUCCCAUGAACUAGACCAGAAUUGGACUCUUAUGAAAGCAGGCCUUCCUUCCACACUUACUGAAGCUAACUGGUUGGUAGAAAACACUUCCCCGGAUUCUCGAAUUGGCUACGAUCCUAGGUUGAUACCCUUCUUGAAGAUAAAGCAUUAUCAGGAUGAACUAACUGAGGCCGAGUUCAAGACCAAUCCGAGUGAGGGGGACCACCAAAUUCCAAGUCGUCAACUGAUUGCAGUUACGGACGCCAACUUGAUCGAUCUUGCGUGGGAUGCAACCUCUAAGAUGCCUAUGGAAGAUUGUUCGCGUCCCCCGCGACCAGCGAAUCCGAUUUUCAGCAUCCCCACUUCAUUUUCCGGUGACUCGUGGCAGACCAAACUACAACGCGUUCGAGACCAGAUGCUCAUGAAGGGAGCCGGUAUGCUUGUUGUCUCAGCGUUGGACGAAAUUGCUUGGCUGCUGAAUCUACGAGGCAACGACAUCCAGUACAAUCCAGUUUUUUACGCACAUCUUAUUAUCACUGUGCCAAGGAUCGAUAUUUUCCUGACCAAUACCGCUAUGGUCGAAUCGAGGGACAUACUCAACGCGCAAUUCAGCGAGGACAGUCGGUCGGUAUGUGAGCUUACUCACUUUCAUGUGCGUGGAACCAUUCUUGACUUUCGAAGCUGUGCUAGCCGUACAGUUUCAUUAGCAUUCUUUGUGAGGACCUUUAAAAAGCGACAUCACUCCGUUGGAUUGAUCAGCAUAUAAAGUAGCACAUUUCUCGAUCUACCUCCUCUGCUCAUCCAUUACUCCGAGCGUUCUUGUUUUCAACUUUCCUUUCUAUUUUCUCUUUCCACUCACUGCCGUUAAAUUCUGAUGCAUUUGAAAUGUAGGGUAUCCAACCUACUGCCCCAUCUAACUAUUCAAUACUAUGUCCCAGCCUAGUUAAUCUCUGAUGGAUGAUGACACGGCGGAGCGUCCCGCUCAUCUUUCUCACGCCAUUAAGUUUUGGACUUUUUGUUUGCAAUAGAACCAUCUAGUACAAGUAAGUGGUUAUUUCGUUUAUAUCUGAAUCCGGCUCUUAUACUCCUACAUCAACUCAGAUUGAUGUUCAUCCCUAUACGGAAUUUUUCGAUCAUCUUGCGAUCAAAAUAUCCGAGACAUCUGAUUCCCGCUCUCGCGUCUGGCUCGACCACACCGCAAGUUACGCGGUUGUGUCCCGGGUACCGGAGUCGAGGCGUCUGAUAGCCGCAUCACCAAUUGCAUCAUUGAAAGCCGUUAAAACAGACGCUGAACUGGCCGGUAUUCGUCAGGCACAUGUGACGGAUUCUUUUGUGUUGUGUGAUUUUCUUGCCUGGUUAGACGAAACCGCUGCUCGUAAUCGUGCUCUGGGUACCGAUAACCAGGACGCUUCCAUGCGUGGCGAUUUGUGCCCUCCGGCUGGCGAUCCUCCCAUUCCAGCACCUGAUCGCCUCACUGAAGUGUCUAUUGCUCAUUACCUGGAUGUACUGCGUUCUCAGUCGCCGAAUUUCGUGAGCCUCAGUUUUAGCACCAUCUCUGCAGCAG